GUCGCUCGCAGCUGCUGCCUCUCGUCAGUCAGUCUGCGCUGUGUGGGAUUUUCGGCUGGGAGGAAAAAGCGAGCGGAGGACGGAGGAGCCGGCGCGUUUUCCCCAACUCAGUCCGUCCAGCGUUGGGAACGAAGACGACGAGAGGAAGGAGGAAGUUUAACACCGCUCGACUCGUGUUUGUUUUGUUUUCAGUUGAAAAAGAGGACGAACUUCUUCGGCGGCAGCGCUGCAGCCUGGCUGGUGGAGAAGAGGGAUUAACGUUAACGUUCACAUUAGCAGCGUUAGCCUCACUGCUGAAAGCAGCCCCGUCGGCGUGGAAACCUCCUGUUUUGGGAUUUCAAAAUGAUUUACCGACAGAAAACGGUCACGGAUUUCAUCUUACAAUCCUCCUCGAUGUCCUGACGGGCUUUGCUGGCCGUUUGAACCGCUGCUAAAUGUGUUUUUCUAAGCUGUUUUGGCUAAAACAGUUCAGUUUUCUAGACUCUUCUGGUUAGCGCCUCCACUUUGUUUUGUUUUGCUGCACUUUUUCCACCUAUUUUCUUAACUCGAACGGCGUUUAUGUGCAUUUUUGACCCGAAACAAUUCGAUUUUGUACACAUUUAAUCCUUUUAAUGCGUGUAAUAUCGAUUAUGCAACGACGACGAGCCAAGUUGUUGCGCUGAGAGACUGUGUUUGAGUUCGGGAGGCUUGCAAACUACACACACUCUCACCUCCUAGCACACUAAACAGUUUCUGACCUCCUCAGGCCUGUUUUUUGUCAUUUUUCCCUGCUAAAAGCUGCAAAUAUCUCCUUUCACGUUGAUAUAUCUGCAUUUUCGAGCCUGCUGAGAGUCCCUUCUUCACUCUUGAUGGUGUGGAUCCUGCUGUUGGAGCCAUACAGGACAUACUAGGACGCGUUUCUCUCUGGGGGAUUUUUGUCAGUUUCUUUUGCACCAUGUAUGAAAGUGUGGAUGUGGUGGGGCUCACGGCCAGCCCUAACCCCUUUUUAGCCAUGGAUUACUACCAGCAAAGCCGGGCUUGUUUGGUUCCUGAGAAGGGCCUGGUGGCUGGAGGACCUCGAGGAUUCACUGCCUCCAUUAGAUCCCAGCACUGGAGUGGAUCUUCUCACUCUGUGGACACUCAGAGCACCAGUUCGGAGGAGAUCGUGCCCAGCCCCCCCUCGCCGCCCCCUCCGCCGCGGGUCUAUAAGCCCUGUUUCGUCUGCCAGGAUAAAUCGUCGGGGUACCACUAUGGAGUCAGCGCGUGUGAGGGCUGCAAGGGUUUCUUCAGAAGGAGCAUCCAGAAGAACAUGGUGUACACAUGCCACCGGGAGAAAAGCUGCAUCAUCAAUAAGGUCACGCGGAACCGUUGCCAGUACUGCCGCCUGCAGAAGUGCCUGGAAGUGGGCAUGUCCAAGGAGUCUGUUCGGAACGACCGGAACAAGAAGAAGAAGGAGGAAAAGAAGGUGGAGUGUUCCGAAAGCUACGUUAUGAGUCCCGAUACGGAGCAGAUGAUUGAACGUGUGAGGAAAGCCCACCAGGACACAUUUCCAUCGCUAUGCCAACUGGGCAAAUAUACCACGAACAACAGUGCAGACCACAGGGUCUCCCUGGAUGUUGACCUCUGGGACAAGUUCAGUGAACUCUCCACUAAGUGCAUCAUAAAGACGGUGGAGUUUGCAAAACAGCUCCCGGGCUUCACCACCCUCACCAUCGCAGACCAGAUCACUCUGCUGAAGGCCGCCUGCCUCGAUAUACUGAUUCUGCGGAUCUGCACGCGCUACACCCCCGAUCAGGACACCAUGACCUUUUCGGAUGGUCUGACGCUGAACCGGACGCAGAUGCAUAACGCCGGCUUCGGCCCGCUCACCGACCUGGUGUUUGCCUUCGCCAACCAGCUGCUCCCGCUGGAGAUGGACGAUGCUGAGACGGGCCUGCUCAGCGCCAUCUGUCUGCUGUGUGGAGAUCGGCAGGAUCUGGAGGAGUCAGAUAAGGUGGACAUCCUGCAGGAACCGUUGCUCGAAGCAUUGAAAAUCUAUGUGAGGAAGAGGAGGCCACAUAAACCACACAUGUUCCCCAAAAUGCUGAUGAAGAUCACAGACCUGAGGAGCAUCAGCGCUAAAGGUGCGGAGCGAGUGAUCACCCUGAAGAUGGAAAUCCCCGGCUCCAUGCCUCCACUCAUCCAGGAGAUGCUUGAGAACUCAGAGGGUUUGGAUGGUCAGGGCAGCAGCGGGGCUCGGGCAGGAGGAGGCGCUCCCCCAGGCAGCUGCAGCCCCAGCCUGUCGCCCAGCUCAGUGCGGAGCAGCCCGUCGGCACAUUCGCCCUGAGACUAGCCCCAAAAACGGGCUCCACACAGGCUGCACCAGGACUAAGGAACAGGCUUCCAGUCACAAGUCAGGCGGACUUUGGAGACCGGCGAAAAUGGACAGUGACCUGGCUUGCUUUGGCUGGGGGGAUAUAAAGGCUGAGUGUCAUCCAGAUCCAGGACCCACAUUAUGGCUUAAUUGAGUUGGUGCUUUAGCGAAACUUUGCCGAUUCUGAUCUAGGACCAGAAUGGAAUUAAUCGGAGCAGACAGAGGCUGACAACACUCUUCUUUGGGAAGGAUCAGGCCUACACUUUGUGGAACCGGUCUCUCCACUCUGUCCUCGCUCCCUUGCUCCCAUUGCAUUAAAUAGCCACGGUUGUGUCGGUUCUACGGACGCGUCUGACUCUUUCGGACCCUUCGGCAUUGGAGGGACAGGAAACGUUUCUACAUCCACGUGUAUUGUACGAUGACAUUACGUUCCAGAUUCCCUCAGCUGUAGAUCUAAGGAACUAUGAGGAGAUAGCUAACUAAAGACAAAAGGACGGCCAUCGUCCAGAAGUCUUCAGGGACAUUUUGAACUUUGCAACUUUUUUCCCCUCUUUUCUUACGAAAGAUAUAUGAAUAUAAGAAUAUCUAUAUUGACAGAAAAAAAAGAGAAUUUGAAAUUUUGUCUUAGGUGGAAUGAUGCAGGAAAAAAAAUCUUACCUUUACUCUUAUUUGUUCCAAGAGUAUAGUUGUGUUCUGCCCGCUGUUCUCUUCACUGCGGAAGAUUGUUGUGGAUGAUUCAGAGAUGUUUUUACUAAGGUUAAAACAAAUCGCACCGUUCACAUGUUGUGCACUCACACUCACUGAACAAAGCCAGUUUUUAAAACAAACAAAACAAACACACAUACGGAGGGUGAAGUGUUCAAAUCUUGUUCAGCAAAAAUAACUAGCUUUAUUAGUGGUUUUCGUUACGGUCAGGUCACAAGGUUCUGAAUGUGCAUGAGAUAUAUUUGAUCACAACCUGACCACAGACUGACCUCUUAUUUCCGAUUGAUCAGCAUUAAUGGACAGUCAAUGCAAAUUCUGGUUUCACUUCAGCUGAAGUAAAACAAAGAUACAAAAACGAUAUUCGAGCACUGAUGACAACGUUAGCAGUCAAAUUGGCGUAAACAGGCAUUUACAUUUGACAGGUAAGGAAUAAAAUGACCAUUCAUUCAAAAUUACAGUUCAACUACAGCAUGAAGUGUCACUGUUUCAUGCAUUUUACGGUGCAAUCAAACUGGACACCCUGUUAGCAGAGAGACCCCAUUCUCUGCCCCCCAUUAUCCCACUGCCUCAUAAACCCUACAACGCCACUGCCUCGGUCCUUUUGAACAAUCACCACCACCAACAACAACACCACUGCCUCCGUGAGACAAUCACUUUACCUGUAGCUCCCCAACAGUACUGCCUCUGCACAACACCGACCUACGCUGGAAACUUGGAUUGAAAUCGGUCGAUGUUUAUUUGUGGUGUUAGAUCUAAAUGGGCUGAAUAAGCUGGAAACCUACAGAAUUCUUGAACGCUGACGAGCAUCAGCGUAGAUCUGCAUCUUGAGCUCCAACCUCUUUGCUUGGGCAAAUUUGAGUAGAAAAUAAUUCACAGUGCUGUGGGUGUUAUUCAUCUGCAGAAACACCUUGUCUUAUAGGGAGUUACUCUGAUUUCUUUCCAAAAUAUCUGCCUAAUUCAACAGCUUAGAUGCGAACAGACUCAUUCAGAGUGAUCUGAUGUGAAAUCAUUGAUUGUAGAGACUCUCAUUUCUUUACAGUGGUGGUGAUAGGAACCAGGGAUGUCAACAAUGCGAAUAUGGCGGUUUUAUUUAAUGAAACAGGGGUCUCCAGUCCUCCUCCUGGAGCGACUGUCCUGCAGAGUCUAGUUCCAGCCUACAUAUAAUACGCUGUCCCUGCCCUAAUCUAACACUGAUCAGUCUGAUCCAGUCAAUCAGGAAGGUCUACAGAAGUUCAUUAACUGGAGCAGGUGCAGCAGAAUGUGGUUGGAACGAAACUCUGCAGGACUUGUAGCUUUCAAGGAGGAGCGUUGAAGACCAUUGAUCUAAAACAACCAGUGAACCUACACGUCUUCUGAGGUUUUAUAUGUAACGUUGUUGAUGGUAAAACAGGGAAAAAUAACUUUUCUUUGUGGACUAUUUUGCCUUUGUCGCUGUCAAACUGAAGCUUGUAUCUGCACUUUUUGUCGCUUUUUCUUGUUUGUUUGUUUGUUUGUUUAAACAAAUUGAAAUGACAGCUGAAUGACAGAAAUGACAGAAAGAAAUUGGCCAGAAUUACUUAGAAUAAACUCGUAUUACAUUAGCUUAAUUCAGGACAAGAAUGCAAAGAUCUGAGGUUUUGUUGUUGCAUGUCCAUCUUCACCAUGACAGUGUUUAAAAAACCCAUUUUAGGCUAAAGAUUUCUUGAAAUGAUCAUAAAAUGAUGUCUCUGGCAUCAUGCAUCGUAUCCAUAAUCAUUUCUGAGGCAGCCUUUAGAGGUAGACGUCUGGUUCCUAUCACCACCACUCUGCCUCAGUUUCUCUUGGUUUCUUCACUCCGAAUGAUUUUGUUUACAUUUUAAUCAAUGAAUUAUGCAGAAAUGUUUGAUGGAAACAGUGAAAAAAGCAAGUAUCAACCCGAAUGCCUAGCUGUCGGCUAGUGUAUUGCAGUCUUACAGGCAUAAAUUACAAUUUGACUGAAUGUCAACUCAAAAGUGGGGCUCCAAUCCAGUUUUCCACUGUAGAUCAGUGUCAGCGUGUCAUCACUGUACCUUUUUUGCGAUACCUCUGCCUCUCUGCUAUCCUCACUGACUGCGCUCAGUGGGAUCCUGGAGGCAGCACCGCGAGCCGCAACCUUUCGACAUGCUUGAUUGCGGCCUACUGCUGCCAAAGUCUCGCUUCCUCAUUUCACUUCAACUAUGCACACAACUUGCACAGAAGUUGAGCGAUGGUGUCGAUGAGCGGCAUCCACUCGCUCUGAGAUCCCACUGGCCUCCCGUAAGCUUUCUCGGAAACCUCUUCGUGUUUUUGCGUUUGCGUGUAAGGUAAUGCUGAUGUGAGCGAGUACUGGACUAUAAAUACUGCCCAGAUGUUUCACUGCCAGUGAGCCACAGUGUUUCACACACCUCGGUGUGGUCGUCCCCUCACACACACACACACACACACACACGGCGAACAGCCGAUCAUCACACAACGUCCAGCACAAGACACGGUUCUGUACUGCUCUAACACUUGUUACACAGUCAAACGCACAAAAAUAAUGUUCCUCUUGUAUCAGUUCCCUGGAUGAUAAGAAUAAUCUUUAAUAAAGACUCAUGUUUUGUGUGUGUUCA